AUGAGGGUUUUGGUUGAAUACUGUAUUUGCAUUUUAUGUAUAAUUCAAUUGGUGAUUUUGAAUAUUGGAGUAGAAGGACAGAGAGUGAUUAGAGUUGAUCAAAAAGGACAUGGUGAUUUUACAACAAUACAAGCCGCCAUUGAUUCUGUUCCAUCAAAUAAUAAGAAGUGGGUUAUCAUUCUUGUCAAGACUGGAACGUACAGGGAGAAGGUUAAGAUUCCUUACGAUAAACCAUACGUAGUUAUGAAAGGACAAGGGAGAAAGAGAACUAUUGUGGCUUGGGACGAUCAUCAGUCGAUUGCACAGAGCCCUACUUUUACUUCCAUGGCAGAUAAUAUUGUUGUCAAAAGCAUCCAUUUUAUGAAUUCAUAUAACAAUCCGGGAGGGACAAACAAGAAUCCAAGAGUACCAGCAGUGGCGGCAUUGAUAGCAGGGGAUAAAUCUGCUUUCUAUAGAUGUAAAUUCUCAGGUGUGCAGGACACUUUGUGGGAUGAGCAAGGUCGUCACUAUUUUUAUCGUUGCACCAUUCAGGGUGCUGUUGAUUUUAUUUUUGGUAGUGCUCAAUCCAUUUAUGAGAGUUGUGUUAUCAAUACAAAUGGAAACGCAUUAGGGCCUGGAGUUUCAGGAUUUAUCACAGCACAAGGAAGAACUAACCCUAAUGAUCAGACUGGGUUCGUAUUCAAAUAUUGUGUUAUAACUGGCACUGGCAACAAUUUCUUGGGAAGACCAUGGAGACAGUACGCUAGGGUCAUUUUCUACAAAUCAGAUUUAACCAGUGUUAUAGAUCCUAGAGGAUGGGAUGCUUGGCACUUCGCUGGACAUGAAGGCCAGGUAACCUUUGCAGAGAAUGGUUGUUUCGGAUCUGGUUCAGACACUUCAAGGCGAGUUAGGUGGGAAAAGAAGCUUAAUCCUCAGACCGUGCAGCAGCUAACAAGGAUCAGUUACAUCGACAAAGAGGGCUGGCUUAAGCGCCAACCCUACUAAAAUUGAUUUGGGAAUGGACUUAA